UUUGGUGGUCUUAACAAAGCAGCAAAAUACGUCUUCGGCACUGGUAUUUCAAGUUUGCCUCGAAUAUCAAUGGGGAAUUGCAGAGUGGUCGAUGCAACUGCCGAGCCUGCGGAUAAAAUUUUAAGGUUUAUUAUUUUAUUAUGCAUAGCAAUGGCUCCCAUUAGAGCAGAUCCUGAGGCCAAGCUUUUAUCCUACCAAUGCAACUAUGGCCCCAGCGGCAACGCAACCGUCUUCAAGCAAAUUUUGAACGCCGCGCUGGAAACUGUGGUGGAAGAAGUUGGUCCAUCUGGAUUUGCUACAACAGACAAGGAGACACCAACAGAUCUGGCAGAUUCAGUAUACGUUCUGGCGCAGUGCAGAAAGGAUAAAUCCCCUGCCGAUUGCGUCGACUGCAUAAACUUUGCAGAGAAGCAAGCACGCAACUGUCCCUAUAUGUCCUGCAAAGCAUACUACGACGGCUGUUAUCUGCGUUACGAGAAUUACAAUUUUUAUGAUAAAUAUACUGAUGCCACACAUAAACCGGUGUGCGGCCAAGUCAACGCCGCAGCUUCCAGUUCAUUUUCGGCAACAGGUCGAAGUUUGAUAAGUGAUCUUUGCAGCGCGACUCCGCGAAUAAAUGGUUAUUUUGCUGCGCAGACGAGACGAGGGCCGUCUAAUACGACUAUCUAUGGACUUGCCUUCUGUCUGCGUUCCAUUCAAAGGGAUUCCUGCGAAAGUUGUCUGAGUACUGCUCAGGAAAACAUAAAUACGUGUUUUCCUCGCUCCGAGGGACGGGCUAUAGACGCCGGCUGCUACUUGCGAUACGAUUCCAAACCCUUUUAUCCAAUAAAUGCAACUAUCGACUUGGCACUUUUCUUACCCUCAGGGAAGAAGAAGGUGAGUUCUGCUGUGUGGAUAAUAAUUGGUAUUGUCGGAGGGGUAUUCCUACUUUGCCUUAUAACUUGUCUCCUUGUCUUCCGGAAGAAAAUAAUUCGGCCAAGCCAGAAACAAGUGGAUACUGAAGGAGCAACAGAACUUCGUGGCCCUGGAGAUUUUGACUUCAAGGUACUGAAACAAGCAACCAACGAUUUUGAUCCAGCGAAUAAACUUGGAGAAGGAGGGUUUGGUGAAGUAUUUAAGGGUACAUUGAAAAGUGGUAAAGCUGUGGCAGUAAAGAAGCUGUUAAUAGGUCGCUCUGCCCGUGCAAUUUCUGAAUUUGAAAGCGAAGUGAAACUCAUUUCUAAUGUUCAUCACAAAAAUCUUGUGCGUUUACUUGGAUGUUGCAGACAAGGCCAAGAAAGAUUCCUGGUUUAUGAGUACAUGCCCAACAGCAGCCUCGACAGAAUAUUAUUUGGAGAACAUAAAAAAACUUUGAGUUGGAAGGAAAGGUUCAACAUUAUCUUGGGCACUGCUCGUGGUCUUGCCUAUCUCCAUGAGGAAUUCCAUGUCUGUAUCAUCCAUCGUGAUAUUAAAUCAAGCAAUAUAUUACUUGACGAGAACUUUGAGCCAAAAAUAGCAGAGUGUAAAAUUACAUUUGAUGCAUUUAGAAAUAUUUAUAGAUGAUUAAGAGUGAAAUAUGAG